AUGUCGGACGACGAGUUCACCGGAGCCGACGGCACCUCCGGCGUCGCCGGUGCCGAUCGCGACAAGCGCGCGCCGCGCUUCAGCUGGACGCCCGCCUACGAGGCCACCUUCUUCCGCUCCCUCUGCGACUCCGUCAAGCUGGGCCUGCGCGAGAACCACUCCUUCAAGGCCGAGGCCUGGGAUCGCGCCGCCACCGCCCUGCGCGAGAAACACGGCGCAUAUCCCACCAAGAGCCAUCUCGUCAACAAGUCGGACAAUGCGCGUAAGAAGUUUCGACUAUGGCGCGGCCUGCGCGAGGACGAGCAGUUCCUCUACAACCCGGCCACUCGCACCGUCACCGCCUCCGAGGAGGCCUGGAAGGCGCAUAUCGAGAAAGAACCACUUUCGCGAGCGCUUAGAGGGCGCCCGUUUGAACAUGAGCAGUACAUGGACAUACUUUAUCCCGACGUCAUCGGGUCCGGCGGCGCGCCGAAGCGCAUCAUGAAGCCGAAGCGCAAAGGUCCCGAUGUCAUCCAAGGAUCCGAAGACCCGGAUAUGCCGGGCACUGCCGUGCUGGAUCUGCAAGUCGAACAGUCGUACCGUCCGCCCUCGCAGGCGGGGGUUAACCAACAACCGGCGCAAACUCGCGGCUCGGUCAGCCAGACCCCCGUAGCGCCCGUUCAUCAGCCCAUGAUACCCCAGCAGCAACAACAGCAGCAACAGCAACAGCAGCAGCAGCAGCAACUGCAACAACGGCCCACCUCGACCGCGAUCCCGCCUAGAACGCACAUCGCCGGCACGAGCGCUCUCACGCCACCCGAGGAGACGGCCACGGGACGUAAGAGGUUCCCGCAACAAGCGCCGACGUCCGACGGCGGCGCCAAGGCCCCGACCGCGCAAAUGGGCCACCCGACGGUCCAACCGGCAGAAAAGCGCCGUCGGAUAUCGGGCUACGUGAACCCUGGCCAGGCAUCGGCCUCGGCCUCGGCUUCCACGAACAACACCGUGGACGCCACCGCGGCCUCGAUGGUGAACGCCGGCAAACAGCUCCUCGAGGACGGCUUCUUGUCCAAGAUCGCCGACGCCAUCCGCGGCCCGACCAGAUACCCAGAACAGGCCAUCGACAUUUUCUUCCGUGACUUUGCCGACGAGGACAUGGACCUCCAGCUUAAGAUUGCCGAGAAGGCCCUGACCGACGACAACAAGGCGAUGAUCUUUUGCAAAAUGCCGCCCCCGUUGCGCAACCACUGGGUGAAGCGACUGAGGGAGCUGCACAACAACAGCCGCAACGCGUAG